UUCAUUGUCCCAUAAAUCAUACCUAAGCGAGCUUCAUUCGGGUCUAUGCUCGAGAAACAAGAGAAGAAGAAGAAGAAAAACACGAUCAUAAGCUUGUUUCUUUCGUAUCGGAGUCAUGCUUCUCAAGUAUAAGCUCAACUUCAUCCUCGUCCUCCUCGUUUCGGCCUCGUUUUUAUCCACCAUUUGCUCAGCAGGUCGAGCUGAUCAGCCGGUUCAUCAGGGCGGUUAUGGUAGAGUCGUGCAUGAGGAUGGGAAGAAGAAGAUGGAGGAAAUCAUCCAUGAAAGGGUUUUGAGGGUAAACACCAGGGACUAUGGAAGGUAUGAUCCAGCUCCAGCUUUUGUGAAGCCUCCUUUCAAGCUCAUCCCCAACUGAUAUCAAAAACCUUAGCUUAUAAAUAAAUAAUCACAAAUAUAUCAUGUGUUUCAUAGCAUAAGUAUAUAUAUAUAAGUAUAAUGUAUUGUCAUAUUAUAUAAUAUAGUGUAUAAUCGUCACAUAUAUAUGAAUAUAAAGCUUUGUAACGUCUAUUA